AUGAACGUCCCUACCGACCUCAACGGUCUCGUGGAUACCUGGGGAAUGCAGGCGUGUAUGCCUCGGGACCUGACGACAUCGCUAUGGAAAUCGACCCGGGAUCGACAAGACUUCACCGAGGAGCUGUAUUUGAAUGUGACAUUGAUUCAAUACAAGCUGAACAAGGUUCAGCAAAACAGCACUUUCUAUAAAGUGAUGCUCGACACAACUGCUGGUAAUUUUGAGUUACCGAACUAUAUGAAUGGCGAAAUUGCUGGGUCCUUGCUAGAAAAGGAUCCCAAUAGACUUUGUGGAGAACAUUGUGAACGACAAACGAUUAACGGUGAUGAGGGACGCAAGGUUGGAGAUAAACGGCGCGGUAUCAACACUGCGAAUGAUUCCACUCUGCCGCUUGAAGUUGUUACCGACAAAGGUCCCCUACUGACAAUAGUUUUGGCGCCAUUCGGUGACACCUCUUUUAUUCAAAGUCGUCAGGCACAUCCCCAAGCUUAUGCUUCCGUCAUUUACCUGUGGAGCAGGUCCCUGCCUAUGCAGGGUCUUGUGUUGAGCUGGCUCCCCUAG